AUGGAGAUUCGAGAAGGCUUCAAUGGAGAAAGGAAGAAGUCGAAGAACAUAUGGAACUUUCAACUUGGAAGCCUUGUCUAUGCAGUUGCCCGGAACGGUGAAUCACAGAACUCGAAGAAGAAGAUCAAGAUUCAAGCCGAACAUGCGAUGAGGCGAAGUGGCGAACACAGAAACCAUAAUGAUAUUAUUGAAGAUUUGAAGUUGAUGUUAGAUUCAAAUAAUGUUGUGGUUAGCUCUUAUAGGAUGGUAAGAGAUACUUUUAAAAAAUAUCCUCAAGUUGAUAUGAAGUUAAAAAUCAUCGGCAGAAGAGAUCGAGAUGGAAGGACAUAUAACCUACCAAUUGCUUCUGAGGUUGCCGCUUUAAUUAUAGGUGACAUUUCUGAUUUAGUUGAAAAUAGAGAUAUCGUUGUUGAACUAAGUCGGGAUUUCUACAACGUAUCAGUGAAUUGCAUCCUUCUUACCUUCCUCUCCAAUAUCCGCUACUAUUUCCAUAUGGAGAUGAUGGUUACAACGUUGAUAUUCUUCAUAGAGGGUUCUUCUAUAAAGUAUUUAUUUAAAUACAUAAACAAGAGACGUGAUAGAGCUACAGUUGGCAUUGUACAAAGCAAUAACGAGUGUGAUACUCAUGAUGCGGUUGAUGAAAUAAAUGAGUACUAUGACUGUAGAUAUUUAUCUGCAUGUGAAUCAUCAUGGCGAAUUUUUAAAUAUGAUGUUCAUUACAGGUAUCCUUCUGUGGUUAGACUGUCUUUUCAUCUUCCUGGUUGGAUGGAGUGUAAUGCAGUUAAUGCUGAUGCACGGAAACUUACGUAUGUUGAAUUUCCUACAAAGUUUGUUUGGCAACGUGGUGAUAGGAUUUGGAAGCCACAGAAAGUAGGAAAGUGCGUUGGUAGAAUUCAUUCGGUUUCGCCUAAUCUAGGUGAAGCUUAUAUUUUUUAA